UGUGUCAGGUCUCCGGAGGUCAGGCUACAGCGCCUUUUGUGUGUGUUUGUGUUUCUCCCCCCACCCUUUCUCUCCCCGUCUCUCUGUCUGUUUCUCUCUCUCUCCAUGUGUAUUUUGUCUCCUCCUCCUCCUAUGCGUGUGUCUUUCUUUGCAUCUCCACUCUUCUCCCUCCCCUCCUUUGGAUCGAUCAUUAGCCAAGGGACCUCCAAAAGGUCCAGGCACUUUGCGGGAUUGUCCUUGUUCCUCCCGCAUUUGCCGAGUCAAGGGUAUCUCUUCCCAGGCUUGGAGAGAUGCUGUUACUCCUGGUGAUGUGAUUGCAUAGCAACCCGGCAGCACGGGGCGGUGGAGGAGGAGAGACAGUGAGAGCGUGCACCCGGCAGCGCUGAGCCUCAGCAUGCAUCCCUGUCACAGGGACUUCUUUGCUGAUUCACAGAGGCAGCCCCAGUCCCUGCUCCCGAAGCCCGGCCGCUGCCUGCGUUUCAGACCUGGCGGGAUCGGAAGGUGCCUGUGCCCAGAGUCGUCUCCAUCCCCAUGAACAUCGGUUCUGAUGCAGCCCCUGGUCAUGCAGGAAUGGCCCUAUGUCCUCCCGCGGUGUCCUGAGUGGCAUGUUGCAGACCAGGCGCAGCACAGCAGCACUGCCCACCCGCUGUCUCAGAGCCUCUCAGGAUGGCGCAGGACCUUCGUGCCUGACCCCCCAGGCUCCUAGCAGUGCUGCCGGGCCCCAGGCCCCCCUGGAGAUGAAUCUUUGUUGGAAUGAGAUCAAAAAGAAAUCCCACAGCCUUCGGGCUCGGCUGGAGGCCUUUUCCGACCACAGUGGGAAGCUGCAGGUGCCUCUUCAGGAGAUCAUAGAUUGGCUUGGGCAGAAGGAUGAGGAGCUCUCGGCACAGCUACCGCUCCGGGGAGAUGUCCUCCUGGUGCAGCAGGAAAAAGAGACGCACGCGGCUUUCAUGGAAGAAGUGAAGUCUCGGGGGCCAUACAUCUACUCUGUCCUGGAGUCAGCACAAGCUUUCCUUUCCCAGCAUCCAUUUGAGGAAUUAGAAGAACCAGCUUCAGAAAGCAAAGAUGUCUCUCCCCGGCACCGGAUCCAGAACAUCAGCCGCUUUGUGUGGAAGCAGGCGAAUGUGGCCAGUGAGCUAUGGGAGAAGCUCACAGCCCGGUGUGUGGACCAGCACCGUCACAUUGAACGGACGCUGGAACAGCUGCUGGAGAUUAAAGGGGCCAUGGAGGAGCUCAGCUCAACGCUGGACCAGGCUGAAAGUGUGCGUGAAACCUGGGAACCCAUUGGGGACCUCUUCAUUGACUCCCUACUGGAACACAUCCAGUCAACCAAGCUGUUCAAAGAGGAGCUCUCUCCCAUGAAGGAUGGGGUGAAAGUGGUCAAUGACCUUGCGCACCAGCUCGCCAUCUCAGAUGUCCACCUGUCCAUGGAAAACUCCCGCACCCUGGAGCAGAUCAACACGCGGUGGAAACAGCUGCAGGCCUCCAUAAAUGAACGCCUGAAGCAGCUCCAAGAUGCCCACCGGGACUUUGGACCAGGCUCCCAGCACUUCCUCUCCUCCUCUGUUCAAGUCCCUUGGGAGCGAGCCAUUUCCCCCAACAAAGUGCCAUACUACAUCAACCACCAGGCCCAGACAACAUGCUGGGACCACCCGAAGAUGACAGAGUUAUACCAAACGCUGGCGGAUUUGAACAACAUCAAGUUCUCGGCAUAUCGGACAGCCAUGAAACUGCGACGGCUGCAGAAAGCCCUGCGAUUGGACAUGGUGACCCUGGCCACAGCCCUGGAAAUCUUCAAUGAGCAUGACCUGCAACCCAGCGACCGGGCGAUGGAUGUGGUGGAAGUCAUCCACUGCCUGACUGCUCUCUAUGAGAGGCUGGAGGAGGAGCGGGGCAUCCUGGUCAACGUGCCUCUCUGCGUGGACAUGAGUCUUAACUGGCUGCUGAACGUCUUUGACAGUGGCCGCAGUGGGAAGAUGAGGGCCCUCUCCUUCAAGACUGGCAUUGCAUGUCUGUGCGGGACGGAGGUCAAGGAGAAGUUUCAGUAUCUCUUCAGCCAAGUGGCAAACCCUGGGGGACUGUGUGACCAGCGGCACCUCGGCGUCCUGCUCCAUGAGGCCAUCCAGGUGCCACGCCAGCUGGGGGAGGUGGCGGCGUUUGGGGGCAGCAACGUGGAGCCCAGCAUCCGCAGCUGCUUCCGCUUCAGCAACGGGAAGCCUGCCAUCGAGGCAUCCCAGUUCCUGGAGUGGGCCAACCUGGAGCCGCAGUCCAUGGUGUGGCUGGCUGUGCUGCACCGGGUGACCAUGGCGGAGCAGGUGAAGCACCAGACCAAGUGCUCUGUCUGCCGGCAGUGCCCCAUCAAGGGCUUCAGGUAUCGGAGCCUGAAGCAGUUCAACGUGGAUAUCUGCCAAACCUGCUUCCUCACAGGGCGAGCCAGCAAGGGCAACAAGCUGCACUACCCCAUCAUGGAGUACUACACCACAACCACAUCCAGUGAGAACAUGAGGGACUUUGCCACAACACUGAAGAACAAGUUUCGAUCCAAGCAGUACUUCAGCAAGCACCCACAGAGAGGGUACCUGCCCGUCCAGUCUGUGCUUGAGGCCGACUUCUCUGAGACACCAGCCUCAUCCCCGAUGCUACCACACGCCGACACCCACUCCCGGAUUGAGCACUUUGCGAGCAGGCUUGCAGAGAUGGAAAGCCAGAACUGUUCCUUCUUUAAUGACAGCCUGUCCCCUGACGAUAGCCUGGAUGAGGACCAGUACCUGCUGCGCCAUUCCAGCCCCAUCACCGACAGAGAGCCUGGGAGCAGCCAGCAGGCCCCGGGUGGCCUCAACACGGAAGACAAAGGGGAGCUGGAGCGAAUCCUGGCCCACUUAGAGGAUGAAAACAGGAUUCUCCAGGGAGAGCUGAGACGUUUGAAAUGGCAGCAUGAUGAGGCUGUGGAGUCUCCAACCUUGGCUGCGGGCUCCCCUGAAUCGGCACAAGACCCACGUAACGAUGAGCUCCUCGCGGAAGCGCGAAUUCUUCGGCAGCACAAGAGCCGUCUGGAGACCCGCAUGCAAAUUCUGGAGGACCACAACAAGCAGCUGGAGUCCCAGCUGCACCGGCUGAGAGAGCUGCUGCUGCAGCCUCCAACAGAAUCAGAUGGCAAUGGUUCGGCAGCUUCUUCCUUGGCUUCAUCCCCCCACCAGUCCGAGGGCAGCCAGGUGAAGGAGCAGGAGCACAACACCCCUGACACUGAAGCUGCAGAUGAGGUGGAGGCCAAAACACAGGAUGUCAGCGUGUGCCUGGAGGACAUCAUGGAGAAGCUGCGGAGCGCCUUCCCCAACUCUCGAGCACCUGCAGCCCAGAGCUACGUUGUCACCACGCCGCUGGGACCGGCAUGCAGCCUGGGUGCGGAGAGGAUGGGGGGUUCCCACCUGCAAGAAGAUCAGAGCUGCUGAGGGUGCUGACCAACUGGAUGCUACCGGGCGAGUUGCAAGGCAGACUCCCACCCUGCUCGGGGCCCUGCAUCCCCACGGGCUCCUCCCCGCGAAGACAGGCAGACCUGACGGCGUUGAGUUUGCAGGGAUCACCUCAAACCACCUCCCUGUUUUGUCCCUGCCCGGACCCCCCUCCUGCAGGAAAGAUGAAGGCACCGGUUACCUGGCAAAACUGAAGAAAUGGCGCAAGCUCUCCUAGCUGCUCAUGGAUGGCUCUUCCCAGCAGAAGUGUGACCAGGGGACACUCCUGUGAACAGCCCCCUGCUUCCUGCGUGGGGUUUGGUGUUGCACCAGUGGCCCCCACUGUCAUUUUCUGCCUGGCCCUUUUGUCAGCCCGGGGCAGAGCUCUGCAGCUCCCUGCUUGACACCCUCCCUUGCCCAGGCUGCCUGUGCGCACGCAGGAGGGAGACGCUGCUUGGUACCAGCACUAACGCGGUGGCAAAGCUUCCUCCGCCUAUACCUCCUCGCCCGCUUUCUGCCAUCCCUUAACGUGCCUGUUCUAACCAGGCGGCUCCAGGUGUCAUUCUCCUGACCUCUCCAUUUCUCUUUCAGGUAUGACCUCCCUUAUCUAACACCUUCUGUGAGCCAGAAGCUUUCUCUAACCAGCUACCUGGCUGCUUUCCUCCCCUUCCUCUUACCUGCCACGCUCCCCUUGCGGCAGGCCUAGCCUGGACUCCCUCGGGAGCGCCCUGGGCUGGUUGCGCACGAUACUUGCCAGCUCCAGAAGAUCUCAGGGGAACAUAGGCCACGUGGGAGCGGGAUUGUGGGCUCCUCUGGGGUCUGGCUCAGUCGCUCAGCCAUAGCAUCCAGGCUUGGACUCACCACACUGCACAGAAAGGUUGAGAAGAAAGAGUUGAAGCCGUGAGAGCUACGCGUGUGUCUCAGCACUCAUGGGCUGCUGCCUUUGGCCGCAGCCCUUGGAGGAUGCAGAUCUUGGCAUCCUGCUCCUCUCUGGUUCUGCCCGGUGCCACCCAGGUUCAUGGGCACCGUGAUGCUCCUGCAGCCACCAAACAGCCACCCAGUCUUUAAACUCUUUUACAGCAUCCAGCUGCCAGCUUUACGGACCGAACUCACCUCUGCUCAGGGCUUCACGGCCGCCUGGGCACGUACCGUCCGGUGGGGGAGUUUGCGAGGGUUACGGGGUAGGGAGGAGUCCAUGCUAGAGCUUCAGCCCAGCUAGUAGCCUUAUCUCGAGAGGAGCUUUGUAACGGAGCCUUAUCAUUUAAUUUGCAUAUAUUUCUAUAUAAUAUAUAUAUUCUGUACUUAAAUAUUCUCAUGGACUCACUCCAUUAAAUUCUAAUACCUUGUUAA